AUAAUAAAAUCGCCGUUUUCCUCUUGAAAGUUGAAAGGCCAUUCUGUCUUGAUUACCAGUUGUAGCUGUGGCUGAACACGAUCUACUCUCCCGUUUCCUUGCAUUCUUUCAUGUCCAUCUCGCCUACCUGCGCUAGAAGAUCCACACCGACUUCAUCUCAAGCUUUCUCUCAAGACCCUACUUUCGACCAUGGACUCCUACCUCUACCUACGGUUUCACAACUCUCUGAAUCUCCGAUCUCUGUAUCUAACGACACUCGAACCCUUGGAACCAUGGAGAUCGUCGGCGGUGAAUAUUCCUCCCGUCACCCCACCGGAGUCUCUGGUGAGGGCUUUGAAUCCUCAGGUUCACUGGCUGAAGCUAAACCAGUUUCUGGUGAAUCUUCCAAGAAGGUGACAAACUUUAGAACUCCAGAUAGUAAGAGAAACUUGUCUCACCAGAACCAUGGUGUAGGAUCCUCUUCCCGCGGUAGCUCAGUUGUUCGGGGGAAAUCUUCUCAAUUGAGAGGUCAUCAACGUGGAUCUUCUCAACCCAAUGGCCAACUGCCUGGAGCUAACUGUUGUAACCACAGUCCGCCAAGUAAUGGAUCUGUUGGUUUCCAAGGCACCUCUACACAUUCAGCAGUGAGGAAAAACCAGAUGAUGAAUGCUAAUCAUUUGUUAAAUUUUCAUUAUGACCCUAUUUCUCGUCCUCAACCAAGGAUUCCUCCUCCAAGAAGGCAGCAGAAGAUAAAGCCGUACAAUAAAGAUCUAUUCAUCCAGGCUAACUUCAAAUUUGUCGUGUUGGAUACUGGAAGCCAUGACCUUGAUUUGAUGGAUCCGGAUAAAAUGUUAGACUGGGAGGAUGUUGUAUGUGUAAGGUUCUUAACCCCAUUUUCUGUGCAAUGUCCAAUUUGUUUGGAAAGCCCUCUGUGUCCUCAAAUAACCUCAUGUGGACAUAUAUUCUGCUUCCCUUGUAUCUUGAGGUACUUGAUGAUGGGUGAGGAGGAUCAUAAAGGAGACUGUUGGAAAAAGUGCCCCCUAUGUUUUAUGAUGAUAUCUUCAAAGGACUUGUAUACAAUCUAUAUCGAUAAUGUGAAGCAGUAUCAUGAUGGUGAUCAUGUGAAGUUUGUACUUCUAACAAGACCAAAGGAUUCAUUGAUUCCCUCCCAUAAAAAUAAGUUAGGAAAGGAGGACUCCACAUUAUGCAGCAAUGAUGAACUGUGUGAUUCUUUUUCCAAGUUCACUUUGGCAUCAGAUGUGGAUCUGUCAGUCCGAGAAGCAAAAUCAGAGCUAGAUGGUUGGCUAGCCAGAGCAGAGUCAGGCCUGGUUGACGAUCUGGAGAAGCUCCCAUAUGUUUGUGCAGCACUGGAACAGUUGGAGCAAAGAAAGAACUUUUGGAGUGUUCGCAGGGCUUGCAGCAGCAGUUCACCAUUGAAAAAAUCUGUUACCCCUAAUUCUCGUUCCAAUACCUGUAAAUAUGAGAAGACAGAAUCUCUUGGAUUUUUGACUGUGAAUGCUGAUUCUCCUGCUGAUUCUGAAGCAUUUGGACCUGCAUCUGUAACACCUGUUGGUUUCAAGAAUGAAUUGAAAUGGCCUGGAAGUUUAGAUGCUGAGAACUUAGAUGUAGAGGAUUAUUUGGUUCAAAUUGCUGAUAUGCCUGAAUCAUCUGAAGGUCAAGAGAAGGAGUUGUCUUCGUCAUAUGAUGAGAGUAAUAAUUCAAAAAGGCAUUCAUAUGGCUCUAGGGAUGUAAAGGAGAAGGAUUCCUACACUUUCUACCAGGUGGAUGAUGGUCAGCACCUCAUUCUUCACCCAUUAAACUUGAAAUGUCUGUUGCAUUAUUAUGGUGGUUAUGAUCUGCUUCCAUCCAGAAUUAGCGGAAAGAUUUUGCAGUUGGAAAAUGUGACUCAGUCGGAGGCCAUGAGAAGGCGCUACCGUUACUUGAGUCAUUUUUCCUUAACAACAACCUUUCAGCUUUGUGAAAUUGAUCUAAGUGAGAUGUUGCCUCCGGAUGCCCUAUCUCCAUUUAAAGAUGAAAUCAGGAAGCGCGAAAAUCAGAGGAAGAGGAUAGCCAAGAAGGAGCUUGAAGAGAAAGUUAAAGCUGAAGCUGCUGCAAUACAUGCUAUGCCCAUACCAGUCGGGCUCUCCACUUAUCAUGAUACUACGUACUCCAUGGAUGACUUCGAAGCUUUGGGGAGUUCUUCUGUGGCAUCAAGUCCUCCAGUUGUCGGUGAGGGGAAACGGUUCUCAGAUGUAACGAGACUUGGUUUUGCUGCCGGAUAUGAUUCCCCUUCCUUGAAAGUGGAGGAAUGUACUGAUAGUUUGAGUAACACAUCAGUGAUGGGAAAUGCUUCUGGACUAACUGGUCCAAGGGGCACAGCUACACAGACAUUUGCCAAUAUAAUAUCUGCAGCCAAAUCUGCUGAUAGCGUGGAAGUACCAAAAAUGAAUGGAUUUGGAAAGAAGGGGAAAAAACCAAGUCGGGUCCUCCUCUCAACAGCAGGUGGUCGACGAUACUGAAGAAUGGUUGCAUCAUGGCUUUCAUUGUUCCCUUCAUGAGGCUUUUCUGUAUCUUUUCAUCUCCUACUUGAAGGCGUAACUUUGAGUAUAGCCGUGUUUAUGAAGAGCACAUAAAGAGCAAUUUGAGCUGUGUGGCUUUGUAGAUACCUGAAAAUAAAGAAGUAACUGAAUAUUUGAUUUGAGCGUGACA